AGCUGCGCGCACGCCGCGAACCAGGCAGGCCCAAGACGCGCGUGCUCCCUCGCUGGUUCGUUCACCCGCAGCCUCGCCGCCGGCCGCCGCUCCGUGCCCUCCUCUCCUCCCCCAGGCCCCGCCGCCGACCCGUGCUUCGAAGCCGCGAGUCGUUGCGGCGGCGUGACCUCCGUCCGUCUCUGGCCGAAGCGGAUGCGGUAAUUGCCCUUAUCAAGUUCCCGGUAGCCUCCUUCGCGGCAAAUCACGCCCCCGACGAGGCCGAGGUGGGUGUGGGGGGUCGCGAUCCCAUCGGACGCGCCGUCGCGGCCAGCCGCCUAGGGGACCCGCUCGCUCGGCCCGCCCCCGCCGCGGUCGGAGGCCAGCGUCAUCGUCUUCGGAGGCAGGCGGGGCCGAAGGAGCCGUCGCUCGGCCGCGGCACCUCCGCCCUAAGCUCCAAACCCUAGACCAGUGCCGCGACCGCUGCGGAAAGGGCUCGGGCCGUGGACAAUUCGGCGCGCGAGGCGGGCGGCGGCGGCGGCGGCCCUCAAGUCUGCGGUUGUUUGGUGCUUGUCUUCCUUCCUGGACUCUGAAUGGAGCAAGGGAAGAACCAAGCUGCUGAUAACUUGCCUGUCUCAUCAUCCGAUAAUAAUGAGUCGGAAGAUUUACCUGUGAAGGAAAGAUGUUUUGAGCAGAGAGAAGCUCUUCCUGGGGAGCCUCGCUGUGUUGUAUGCGGCCGUUAUGGGGAAUAUAUAUGUGAUCAGACUGAUGAUGACAUCUGCAGUGUGGAAUGCAAGACAAUUCUUCUUGCUCGGAUUGCUGCUAAAACAAAGCCAGCAGUACAAGCAGCAAAGCGUGUGAAUCUUCCUUUGGGCAAUGAGAGCAUCUGUAUUAAGGACACUAAUUUUCCAUCUAUACCUACCUUGGCUGACAGCCGGAUCACUGCACUGAGAAGUAAGCUUGACAUUUGUGUCAAGGGUGAGGCUGUUCCUGAUCCAAUCAUGUGUUUCUCUUCCUGUGGUCUUCCUGAGAAGCUUGUGCACAAUCUUGAGACUGCAGGAUAUUGUAUGCCUACUCCAGUGCAGAUGCAAGUUAUCCCUGCGUCUAUGAGUAAUAGAAGCUUACUUGUUUCUGCUGAUACUGGUUCAGGGAAAACUGCUUCUUUUCUGAUUCCCAUAAUUUCUCAUUGUUCACAAGUAAGAUCGCAACAAUGCACAGGCAAGCGAGGACCAUUGGCUAUAGUUCUUUCUCCAACUAGAGAGCUAUGCACGCAGGUGGAAGAGCAAGCAAAAAUGCUUGGAAAAGGUUUGCCUUUCAAAACUGCUCUAGUUGUUGGUGGAGAUCCAUUGGCUCAGCAAAUUUACAGGAUCGAAAAUGGUAUUGAGUUAAUUGUUGGCACCCCUGGUAGGCUAAUUGAUCUUCUCAUGAAACACGAUGUUGACCUUUCCAAUGUUUCUGUAUUUGUUUUGGAUGAAGUUGACUGCCUGCUGCAGAGGGGAUUCCGGGAUCAGGCCAUGCAGAUUUUUCAGUCUCUUUCAAACCCCCAGGUUAUGAUGUUUACAGCAACAUUAGAUUCGGAAGUAGAGAAGAUGUCCAACUCACUGGCUAAGACUAUUAUACACAUCUCUUGUGGGAACCCAAGCAGACCAAACAAAUCUGUGAAACAAGUGGUCAUUUGGGUGGAGUCUAAGAAGAAGAAGCAAAAGAUUUUUGAGAUAAUCAAAAGCAAGCAGCACUUUAAACCUCCUGCUGUUGUGUUUGUCAGUUCCAGAGUCGGUGCUGAUCUUUUGUCUGAAGCAAUUACUGUUGCUACUGGAUUAAAGGUUGUUUCUAUCCAUGGUGAGAAAAUGAUGAGUGAGAGAAGAGAGAGUUUGAGAAGGUUUUUGACAGGAGAAGUAUCUAUCGUAGUUUCUACUGGGGUUCUGGGUCGUGGAAUGGAUCUCCUGAAAGUGCGCCAAGUGAUAUUGUUUGACAUACCAAAUUCCAUUGAUGAAUAUAUUCACCAAGUUGGAAGGGCAUCUCGGAUGGGCGAGGAGGGCAUGGCUAUUGUGUUUGUGAAUGAGGAGGAUAGGAGGAUUUUCAAAGAGCUUGUUCCGGUUCUGAAGACUGCAGGAGCUCCAAUACCCCAGGAACUUGCAAAUUCAAGAUACAUGGCUGGUGGUUCUCUUGGUAGCGAGAGGAAGAGAAAAUUGAUUUCGAGAUCUCGUCCUUGACCAAGAUGUAUAAAAGAGUUGCUCAGUCUUUCUUCAAGCCAAAUAUGAUGCUAUUUGCAUGUUCUUUGCAAUUGAUCUAAAGAUUCAUCUACCAAAAAGGAUAAUUUGCUUAUCUCUGGAAUUCAUACUUUUCCUGAAAAUUUGAAGCAUGUGCUGAACCAACAGGUGCAAACAGUCAAAGUUAUUUCUCAGUGCAUGACGUAUAAGAUAAAUUUGUUCAGGAAACAUAAAGAAGACACAGUAUAUGUAAAUUGCAACAAAAUUUAAGUCAGAAAAUGAUACAGUUAACUUUUCUCGGUU